AUGGAGAAGCUUCUUCUGGGUGUCCUGCUUCCCACCUUUCUCUCAGAGAGUAUGACACAGAAAGACUUCAGAGGGAAGGUGUUUAUUUUCCCUGAAGAAUAAGCCCACUUGUCCCUGAUCCCCAGGGUGAAGAAGCCACUGAAAAGUUUCACUCUGUGCCUGAAAGCCUCCACAGACCUCACCCACUCUUACAGCCUCUUCUCCUACAGCACUAGGUCUACAGACAAUGAGCUGCUUCUCUUUGUCGACAAAGUAGGAGAGUACUAGCUGUACCUUGGGAACACCAGGGUCACUUUCAAGGUCCCCCUGUCCCCUUAUGCCCCAAUCCAUCUCUGUGCGAGCUGGAAGUCUGCCUCUGGGAUUGCUAAACUCCGGGUGAACAUGAAGCCUGUGGGAAGGAAGGGUUUGAGGAAAGGGUACUCUUUGGGAGCAGGGGCAAGCAUCAUCCUGGGACAGGGGCAGGAUUCCUUUGGGGGACGUUUUGAUGCAAAACAAUCCUUUGUUGGGGAGAUCUGGGAUGUGUCCUUGUGGGAUCAUGUGGUCCCCUUAAAGAAUAUGUGCGCCUUCUGUUACAAUGGCAACAUCUUGAAUUGGCGGGCCCUGACUUACAAAGCUAGGGGCUAUGUGGUGGUGAAGCCCACGUUGUAG